AAUUAAUGCAUUUUUAUUUUUCUUAUCGCUCGUUUCUAUGAUAAAUUAUUAUAAUGAAAGGCGAAUUUAAUAUUUAAGAUGAAAUUCCAUUAUUAUUCCACUACUAUUUUAAUAAUUUUAACAUUAAUUUCAUCGAUUAUAAUAAAUUCCGCAAAUAGUAAUGAAACUAAUAAACAUCAUAAAAAUCAUAAAAAUCACAAAAAUAAAUCUAAAAUUACAAAUCACAUGACACCAACACCUAUCAUUACUAUUCAAACUGCGGUAUUGCCAACAACUACUAUCUCAUCAACCUCACCUAGUCCGACGAUUAACACGGCUGAUAUAAAAGCUGAAUACUAUGCAUCACCUUCAUACAAUAUUUCAUAUGGAGUACCAGCACCAAUAUUACAAACUCGAAAUACAUGGCAAAAAAUAGUAUAUGGGAUAUUAUUCAUGAUUAUUGGUUUGAUCGAAGUUUUCUAUGGAUAUAAACUCAUUCGAGUAACGUUACUUGUCAUGGGUUUUCUAUUUUGGUCCAGUACAUCUGUAAUUAUUCUAUUGAUAAUAGAUAAUUCUAAUGAAACAUUUCGAUCCGCUCUAUUUUACUUUGCAAUAUGGUUAGGGUUUGGUACAUUAGGAGGUUUAUUAUCAUACUGGUGUUGGCAUUUAGGUUUAAUAUUAUCAUCAGCAUAUGGUGGUUUCGCGUUCAUAAUUACUAUAUUAACAUUAUCUCAUAUAACUCUCGAUAUUUUACGUUAUAUUUUGAUUACUUUUUUUGUUCUAUUACCUCCACUUGUGGUAUAUAGAUAUGAAAAACAUGCUAUAAACAUUGCUACUUCAAUCGCUGGUUCUUAUACUUUUUUUUAUGGUAUAGAUGAAUUCGCUAACCAAGGUUAUAAAGAAAUGAUUCAGCUUGCUCGUUCUGAUGGAGCUUUAAGAUUUAAACCUACCAUUGUUAUAUAUAUUAUGAUAACAUUUACUUUAUUAUUAGCAGCUUUUGGCAUUGGUUUUGAACAUAUUUUUCAUGAAAUUCCUUGUAAUAAUUCUUGGUGUGGUGAUAAACAUAGAAGAGAAGAAAAACAUUCUGAAGAUGAAAAUAAUAAUGUUCUCGUUCAUCAAAGAAUGAAAAAUUUUUUUAUUUUAUUAUUUUCACAGAAGUUAAGUAUUAUUAAAAUUAAUUUUUUAAAAUUAUUUUUAGUAUUUAAAAGAUUAUUUAAUUUUAUUCGAAACAAUUUACUUAAUUUUGUUAAUUCAUUAUUAUUUAAAAUUAUUAAUUUAUUUAAAAAUAUAAAGUUGAGGUUAUUUAAUUUUUUUUUAAAUAAGAGAAAAGAGGAGGCGGUAGUGGUUAAUCAAGUUUGAAUGUAUGGUUAAUUAUAUAAGUUUUUAAAACUUACAUUAUUUAAAUUUGUUAAUGCAAUAUAUAAUAUUUUUGUACAUGCCAGUAACACUUUAAAACAUUUUUUUUUUUAUUAAUUUUUGUAUAAUUUUUAUAAUAAAACCAUUGGUAAAUUCAAAGGCUCGGAAUCUGAAAUUCUGGACGGCAUACCAAUUUAGUAAAUACCGGAUUUUCAGAUGUUAUCCAAUCAAAAAGCACAUUAUACCAUCUAUAACAAGUGAAUACCGGAAAAAUCUCUCUUUAUAUUAUGAUACAUCAAAAGUUGAAAAAAAAAAUAUAAAACCGAAAAAGAUACAGAAUUCUCUUAUUUAUCUUAAAUUGUCCUAUAAGAAAAC